CUGGCAUUCAGAACCACCUUGACAGCUUUCCACGGCGACCUCAUGGCUAGCGUUGCUGCAGCCUAUUUCACGCCCGACCAACGCACACCUGUUCGCCGCACCUCCGCUGCAAGGGGCAAGAGGUAUAGUAACACGAGCGUCUCGAAGCGCAAGGCGAUCAAAACGUGGCGGGUCACGGUGCUGCCAGGGCUGAUCAUGUUCCUUUGUACGCUGGGGCUUAUCUUUCUCUCCAUCUUUCUGCUGUUCCUGCUCAUCUCUCAAGGCAUGUUCAAGCGGCAAGUGGUCACUGUGAAUGCCCAGCUAGCAGACACGUACUUUUGGACUCCUUAUGGUCAGUCGUGCGUCCUCACCUCGGCUGGCUUUACCCCCAACUCUUGCGACGCGGACACAACCAGUAUCAUUCCGAAUAAGCCGUUCACGGUCGUCGGUUCCGAAUUGGCCAAACAGUGGGCCGCCGAACUUACUCAAGCCGGAGGGCUGUUGUACGUGACCACGUGUAUCAUUGGCGGUACAAGCAACGUCGGGUGGACGAAUCUGCAGUUCAUCGCUGGCUACGACUAUUUUCCAGAGUGUCUGCCUACGGAGCCGCAAGAUGUGGCCGGCAUGGCCAUGCUCGAGACCACUAUUCGCGACACCCACGUCGACGGUCUCUACUUUCUCACGCUUCUUUUCGACACACUUGUGGGGCUUCUGCGGUCCUUCAGCUCAUGCGUGGGGUACUCUGCGCCCAUCUUCACAGCCGUGUGCAUCGUGUGGAUGACCCAAGUGUGGUGCCACGACGCCUUUUUCCUGGACGUGUACAACAAAUUCUUCUCGGCCCCCGCCUUCCUAGGCUUUUACGUGAAUAAUGCCUCUUGGCCAAGCGGGUCGUACGUGGCCGAAGGGACGCCGCCCGUUGUGACCUACUUGGCCGAAACCAUUGUCACCGCCGGCGGCGGCAGUUUCGGGAUCGCCAUCGCCAUCUCGUCCAUUUACCGCCGCAUCAGGCACAAGAAGUGGCUCGUGUCCACGGUGUGGUGUCGGUCCAACUCGGUGCUGUCGGCCCUCCAUUUGCCCAACUGCAUCACGGCCCUCCCGCUGGAUCCUUCCAACGGCAUCAAAAUGGGCAACAAAAUGUAUUGCAAACCGAGUACCAUCGCCAUCAUGGGGUACACGGCCGUCGUCGAGCGUCAAAAGUGGGGCAAGGACAAGCGGGAUGCCAACCAACUACCGAGCCAACUAAUCAGCAUCUACGCGCUCUUGCCGGUGAUGGUCGUGCCGUCAUGGGUGUCUUCCUUCGGUACAGUGGACCACAACCAUUUCACGCCCACCCCCGCCACACGCCUCGCCCAAGCUAAGCGGUUCAUGCAUACCCGUGGGUCGUGUGUCGUCUGAUGCUUUGUUGACAUUUGAACACUCGUGGGUAUUGGCUGGGCUGUAGGCAGUGGGUGUGUAGUUUCUAGGUGUAUAGAGUACGG